AUGCCUCGUCCUUUCAUUACUCUUCUGGCUACCGGGCAUCUUAUUUGCCCUCUGGCAUUGCUUCAUGAGGAAAUGAGUUCCAGGCGUGUAUUCGGCGACUCUUCCUUUCGUUUGUUUGUUUGCUUAUGCACUAUCUAUUUAUUUGUUCGUUGA